UUGUAGUUCAUCAGUGAUGGGAAGGCAGCCAUGUUGCGACAAGCUUGGUGUGAAGAAGGGGCCUUGGACCACCGAGGAAGACAAAAAGCUCGUCAAUUUCAUUCUCACUCACGGCCAGUGCUGCUGGAGUAGCGUCCCCAAGCUCGCCGGCCUCCGCCGCUGCGGAAAAAGCUGUCGACUGCGCUGGACCAAUUACCUCCACCCCGACUUGAAGCGAGGCAUCCUCAAUGAUGAUGAAGAGCGGCUUGUUAUUGAUCUCCAUGCCCGUCUUGGCAAUAGGUGGUCCAAAAUUGCAGCAAGGUUACCCGGAAGAACUGAUAACGAGAUAAAGAACCACUGGAACACCCACAUUAAGAAAAAGCUCAUUAAGAUGGGGAUCGAUCCCAUUACUCAUGAGCCUCUCCCCAAACCAGACACCUCACACGAGGCAGCCAUCGGAGCUAUUAAUGAUCAUCAUCACCCCAAAGACUGUGGCAAUGUUUCUUCUUCUGCUGCUGCUGAAUUUAGCCCUCCGACCGAGAAUUCCUCGACCGAUGAAUCGGUGUCCGGCAACGAGGAAUAUCCGAUGAUGAACUUGAUAUGGUCCGAGGCUUUUCUCAAUGAUUUGUCGUGGAGCUACGAUUCUAGGGGAGAAUAUGGUGAUUUUGGGUUUUCUUCAUCCGAGGAAAACACCUUUUCGUGGGUGUUGGAUAAUCGGAACAUCGUCGAUGAUCAUAGGAGUUUCGGAUUUGGUGGGUUCAGUGAAAUUGACUUCAGUUCCCUUGACACGGGUGGCAAGGUUUAGCAUGCACCUAAGCC